UGUGUGGCCAGAAAUACGCGCGGGGACGUAUUCGCUUCGGCAGUCGAUCGCGGCGCGAGCAGAGGAACCUGCUCAGGUGUGUGCGUCCUCGCGGUUUUCCCCACCCGGUGCGCGACGAGUGUAAUGCGACCCUGUGUUUCUCGUAAACACGUGCCAACGACCAAGUUUUCCACGUAACAAAAAGAAAGAAAAAAAAAGAAAAGAAAAAACGUAGCCUCGUCAACUACUGAACCUGUCUGGUGUUCUUUCGUCGCGAGAAGAUUUACACGUUCGCCAGGGAAACCAACUGGGUGGUGUCCUCUUCUUUCCGGCGUCAAAAGUGGAUCCCGAGACAGCAUUGGUGGAUCGACCGUCACGUCCAAAAAUGUCGAACUACAAACGGAACUCGUACAUACUGACGAGCGUUUUCUUGAUACUUACGGUUGGACUCUGUUUGGGCGAAGUCAACAAGAGGAUCGUGUUUCCUUACCCUGUUCGCAAACAAUCCGACUUAGCGAAAAUGCUGGAAAUUGCUAAGACGAUCAAUACCAUGAAUUCGGUCGACGAGUUUCUCAAUCACGUGAAGAAUAGACCGCCAGACUCAAUAAGCAUCAGUCUCACCAGCAGAAUCGGUGACACCGAAGAACGCUCGAACGCCGAGCGACCAAUUCCAGCGAAAUGUAUGCCCGAGUUACAACCAGUUUCGCUGAAGCUAGAGAACGAUCCGUCGACCAUCUAUUAUCCCUCUUGCACGCGUGUCAAGAGGUGCGGGGGAUGUUGCAGUCACGCGUUGCUCUCGUGUCAACCAGUCGCGUCAGAGUUUCGGAACUUCGAGGUACUGGUCGUCUCCGUGGAGACCGACGGGCUGAGCUAUAAGAGCAAACAGAUCGUGCCGUUGGAGGAGCACACGAAAUGCGCGUGCGACUGCAGAAUUAAGGCGGAGCAUUGCAACGUGAAACAGACAUACUUGAAGGAGGAAUGCAGAUGCGCGUGCAAAAACGUGGACGAGGCGGAGAAAUGCAUAAGAAAUAAUGACACGAAGACCUGGGAUCCAGAGCGUUGUACCUGUCUCUGCAGGGACGAACAAGAAUGUUCCACCGGAUACUACUUUGAUCAAAACACGUGCAGAUGCAGGCAAGUACCAUUAUCCAGGACAUGGUUUGCACCGACAAAGGGUGCUGAUUACAGAUUUGGUCAGACAGAGAAACCAGAAAAUGUUCCCCCUGUAAUAGUUUCGCUAGAUGCUGCAGAUCCAAGGAGAAAACCCAAAGAUGACCCAGAAUACUAAGAGGAUUAGCAACUUGUACACUACAUCAUAAGACUCGCGAGACAGCUAUUUAAUGGAACAUGCUUAUAGCUCAACCCUCCACCUUCGUGCCAUUUUAUUACAACACGAAACAUGUAUUUAUAGUAUUCCUGAGAUAGUAUUAAUUUGAUAUUGCAGGAUAUAAGUCACUAUAUAUUUACAUAU